GGCGGGGAAAGGAGGCGGGCUCCAGGAAGGAGGUUGACGCUGAUUGUCCAUUUUAGCUUCCUAAUCGUCACUAAAGACAGAAUCUGCAAAAAGACAGAAAGCGCACGAAGAGGCCAAUGCUGCCCGAAAGCUAACAGCAGAACAGAGAAAGGUCAAGAAAAUUAAAAAGCUAAAAGAAGUUCGGUUGAAAUGGGUUCUCUGACUGGCUUAUAACAAAAUAGCUCUUAUUUGGAGUCAGAAGACAGACAUAGACUGAACGGCUUCCACUUGUUUGAUCUUCAGAAGGUUAUUUAACCUUUUUGAGCCUCAGUUUUCUCAUCUGUAAAAUGAAGGCAUUGGACUAGGUGACUUCUAAGUCCAUUUGCAGCUCUGGAUUCUCCAGUACCUGGAAGAACCUUAGCUUUAAGAUAUAUACUAACUUGUAUCUUGGAUCUAACUGCCUCUUUGUUCCUAGAAAGAGAUCAUGUUCUCUAUAGUUUGACAUAUUGUAAUUGCCUUACAAAGAAAGGACAUUAACUUGCUUUUUCAUUGAGAAACUAAAUAUCUGUCUCCUCAAAAUUGGUUCCAUUUUCAUUCUCUUGUUCUUGUUGUAUUCAGAUAGUCCCUGGAUUGCUUUUUCCAUUUUGCAUGAUGACUCUCCUUUUAUCUUUCUGUCGAAGUUUGCAGAUGCUUUGGAAGAACAGACUGUAUCCUGGAUCAAGUCCCAGGAACUGGACAUUUUCUGUUUUAUACUCUUACUUCCAUUUCAGUAAGAAAGAGCAGAGAUAUUUUUCUUUUACUUUACCAUUUCAGAGAAAUAUCAAAGCAACUAAUUUCCUGAUUUCCAAGGCCAUAUCUAGUAAUAAGAGUGAUAAGGAUACAAGUAGGCAUCCUUUAUUUUCAGCUGGAACUGCAAAGAAGAAAUCGGAGAUACUUGGAUAUAAGAAAGAUCAACAACACUGUUUUCCCUCUAGUAGCCCUGUGUUACUCCCAACGAAACCUUUGAAUUCAGAAGAAUGGGAAAAAGUAAAGGAAAAUUUUGAACAAAAAAACAUUUUUGAACAUUGGAUGAUGGAGCAGAUGAUUAAAUAUAACUGCUCUAUAGAUAUUGCAAAGUCCUUGCUAUCUUGGAUAGCCAGGAAAAAUAAUGGAAUUGUGGACUAUAAGCUACUUAUUGGGUACUUGACUUUGUGUGUUUCUCAGAGACAGACAGCAGAGAUUAUUGAUGUCUAUGAAAUUAUGAAAACCAGGUACAAAACUCUCGAACAUGAAGGUUAUACCCUUCUCAUCCAGGGAUUAAUUCAUUCAGAUAGGUGGAGAGAGACCCUGAUCCUAUUAGAAGACAUCAAAAAAAUCAUGUCUCCUUCAAAAAGGAAUUAUGGUGACUGUAUCAAAGGAGCUCUUCUUCACCGAGAAAUGAACUUAGCUUGGAAUCUCUAUUUUGAAAUGCUUAACCAUAGAAUAAUUCCUAAUUGGGAAACUUUUCAAGCUUUCUUUGAUUUUGCAAAAGGUGUGAAGAAUAAUGAAUUUGAAAGAAGACUCUUAGAUAUCCUUUUAUAUCUAAGAAACAAUCAAAUGUAUCCCAAUGAACCCUUUGCCCAGAGUAUAAAAAUAUGGUUUGAGAGUAUUCCUGAGAAAAAAUGGAAAGGAGAAUCUGUCAUCAUUCAUAAGAGUGGACAGUGUUUAGCCUGUGGAAGAAUGUUGGAGUCUAUUCACUUGAACUCAGAAGAGUAUGAGUUUCUUAAGCAGAGAGUCCUGAAAGAUAUACUUGAUGGAGGUGACCAAUACAGAAAAACAACACCAAAGGAAAUUAACAGAUUUGAAAAGUUUAUUAAAAGUUGUCCUCCUUUUGAUAUUGUAAUUGAUGGACUCAAUGUUACCAAAAUGUUUCCUAAAAUUCGUGAAUCUGAAACUCUUCUUGAUAUAGUCUCUCAGUUAACAAAACAGAACUUCCAGGUGCUUGUCCUGGGUCGGAAGCAUAUGCUAAAUGGACGUUCCAGGUGGCACAAGAAUGAAAUGACAGCUGUGCAGAACAUGGCCUACUGCUUUUUUGCUGACAAUGUCUCAGAAGAUGAUGCCUUCCUAUUAUAUGCUACUCUGCAUUCAGGGAACCAGUGUAGAUUUCUCACCAGAGAUCUGAUGCGGGACCACAAAGCUUGUCUCACUGAUGAAAAGACUCAACAGCUAUUCUUUAGAUGGCAACAGGGACAUCAACUUGUGUUCCUCAACUAUUACCCAGGAAAAAAGAUCAUUUUUCAGUCUGUUCUCACCUAUAAUACAGUGGUACAAACAACAGGAGACUCAUGGCAUAUACCAUAUGACGAAAACAUUGUGGAAAGAUAUUCUUACGAAGUGCCAACUAAAUGGCUUUGCCUUCAACAACAAAACUGAGACUUCUAGCCUGGACUAAGUGGUCUCUGAGUGACCUUUCUGCUCUACAUCUGUGAUCUUCUUUAAAUAUCUGUGUACCAUUUUGGCUACUGCAAAACAAAAGUUAUCAUAUAGGAGGAUAGAUAAUCCUAAACUGGAGUUCUACAUAUGCUGUAGAAAAGAAGAAAAUAUAUCUGUUGCUCAUUCAAACAAAUCUAUAGUUUUAGUAAGCAGUUUUUUUGAAUAUUUCCCACUAUAACCUUUCUUCUGUACAAUAUUAUUUGUGAAAUCCUGCUUAUUCCCUUCACAUAACUUUAUCAAGGAUGCACCCCUAAAGUAUUCAUUUGUUAUUGUCUUUAAGAUGUUAUAGAUUUGAUGAUUAUAUAGAUAUUUUUGGUGCUACCCAAUAAUAAAAAAUGAAUAUUUCUACAUUUGUUUUCCUUUAUUAAAUGUAUAAAUAUUUUGUGGAAGCUGUAAUUAUAUUGAUUACCAUAUUAUUGAUUUACUAGAAUUUUCUAUAUAAAUCAUUAUAUCAUCUGAAAAUAGGAAUAAUUGUCCCUCCUUUUUGCCUCAUAUCUAUUCCUUUAGUUUCUUCUUCUUGUCUUGCACUUUGUCAUAGUGGACAAUGGAGGUUUAACUUUUUGGCAAAGCUUCUAGUAAUUCUUUAUCAUAAAUCAUGCUUUCUCAUGGAUUUAAGUAAAUACUGUUUUCAUUAUUUAUUUUUGUAAAACUUUGUGUUCUAAAUUUUUCUCCCUCUCCUCCUCCUCCCCCUCAACACAGCAAGCAAAAUCUUAUAUAGUUUGAAUAUAUACAAUCCUUUUAAACAUA